UGCAUACUCUGCAGAUUGCCUUAUCUGUAUCAAAUCACAAUUUGGUGUAUACACUGAUUCAUUGUUGAGAGAGAGAGAGAGAGAGAGAGUAACAGCUGCAACAUUCCUCUCCAAUGGCAAUGGCAUCUUCUUCAAUGACAGGGUUUCCUCUUCUCUCAUGUUAUUUUGGCCCCAACUUCAACAUUCCAAAGCCAACCUGUUCCUUCCCAUUUUCUUCUCCUUCAUUUACUCACCAAAAGAAGAGAAGCGUCUCUGUCAACGUCGACACCCUCGACUUCUCCGGAUUCGGGUCGGAGAACGACCCGAUUUCUCCCGUACCCGAAUUACCAGCUGUGGAGGAGCCCCAGUGCCCGCCCGGUCUCAGACCCUACGAAACAAUGGCGGUUUUGAGACCCGACAUGACUGAGGAUGAGCGACUCUCACUCACCCAAAAGUACGAGGAGCUGCUUGUAGCUGGAGGUGGCAUGUAUGUAGAGGUUUUUAACAGAGGAGUUAUUCCACUAGCAUAUAGCAUCAAGAAGAAAAACAAGGCAGGAGAGACUAACACUUAUUUGGAUGGUAUCUACCUCCUCUUCACCUACUUCACGAAGCCCGAGUCCAUAGACAUUCUUGAGGAGACACUGCAAGCUGAUGAUAAUAUUGUCCGUUCAAUGACUUCCAAAAUUAGGAAAAGGAAAUAUUAGUUGUUUUGAGCUCUUGACUAGUUAUGAGAAAAAGAUGGUUGGGGAGAAAAAAACUGUAUUGACUAUGUAAUAUCUUUUGUUAAUCUGAUAUUUUUCCCGUUUCAUUUUGAUUCUUGUAUUUUUGUAGCAUGAAGUAAUUGAAAGAGAGGUGCUAUCAUUUACAAUAUGAAGAGUUACCUAUAGG